CAGUCCACAAAUCAACCGCUCUCCCCGAGCGGCGCGUGCUCAUAUACUACGCUACCACGGCUGCCAUCCCUUUCCCCUUCUUCCGGAACGUCGCACGCCGAAACCCUAAACUCCCACCGCCGCGGCCACCGCCUCCCGAUCCCCUCCCGGUUCGCGCUUGUUAGUGGAGAAGCGGCUGCUGCGAAGAGGGAUCGACCAUGGCGACUCGUAUUCAGUUUGAGAACAACUGUGAAGUUGGUGUUUUCUCCAAGCUGACAAAUGCCUACUGUCUGGUUGCAAUUGGAGGGUCAGAGAACUUCUACAGUACAUUUGAGUCUGAGCUUGCAGAUGUCAUCCCUGUGGUCAAGACCUCUAUCGGCGGCACUAGAAUAAUUGGUCGACUGUGCGUUGGAAACAAGAAUGGACUUCUCUUGCCACAUACUACCACUGAUCAAGAGCUUCAGCAUCUGAGGAACUGCCUGCCUGAUCAAGUGGUUGUUCAGCGCAUUGAUGAAAGGCUGUCUGCCCUUGGCAACUGCAUAUCCUGCAAUGACCAUGUUGCGCUUACACACCCUGACCUUGACAAGGCGACUGAGGAGCUUAUUGCUGAUGUGCUUGGGGUUGAGGUGUUCCGUCAGACGAUUGCUGGAAAUAUCCUUGUUGGGAGCUACUGUGCAUUCUCUAACAGGGGUGGAUUGGUCCAUCCUCACACAUCCAUUGAAGAUCUUGAUGAGCUGUCCACGCUCCUCCAAGUCCCACUGGUUGCUGGAACCGUAAACCGAGGUAGCGAGGUCAUUGCUGCUGGCAUGACUGUGAAUGACUGGACUGCCUUCUGUGGCUCGGACACAACGGCUACUGAGCUCUCAGUCAUCGAGAGUGUUUUCAAGUUGAGAGAGGGACAGCCCACGGCGAUCGUCGAUGACAUGAGGAAGUCGCUGAUUGACAGCUAUGUCUAAAGUAUCAAUGGUCAAGCCUAGUUCUUGAGUAUCAGGUCUAAGCUGUACUCUUGACAGACAGUAGCCAAAAAUCCUUCCCGUCUGAGCUGUUACUUCUGCUGUACCUUUGUGUGCUGAAUUUGGAAUUACAAACUUAUGCUGUGUAUUGGUAAAGCUUAUGUUAUUGGAA